CAAAAAGCCUGUAUCAAAAAGAGGAAGUGCUACCUUCUUCUCUGCCACAUCCUUCUCAUUUGUGCUUAUCUUCCCUUUCGACCCUGUGACAUGUUAUUUUCUUUCAAAGCGACGGUUUGAAAUUCAGACCAGAUAAAGUACAGCCCUCCACUUCUUAUAUCGCUGUUUUGACAGUCUGUGGAAAACAUCAGUUAGGAACUCAAUCCAGCUGAAGUCACCCGAUUCUGUCGAGCCGCUCUCAAGAGUGCCGAAGGUUUUGCUGCCAAUAUCUCACCUUGAGGAGAAGCGAUGGAGGAGGCUGCCAUCUUUGAGUAUCACAAAGAGGAAGACACUGUGGACAUCGAGUAUUUUCAAGGAGAGAAGCAGAAGAUUAUUCAGCCAACGUCUUUAAAAGACCCCAAACUUGAAAAGCUAAAGGAGGCACUGGUUUAUUGGAUCAAUAGCACUUUGAAAGUGGAGCACAUAGUGGUUCAGACUCUGGAGGAGGAUCUGUACGAUGGACUGGUGCUUCAUCACCUGCUGUCCAGGUUGGCCGGUGUGGACGUGCCGGUGGAGGAGAUGGCGCUGACCAGCCCUGCUCAGAUACGCAAGCUGGGAGUGAUCCUGGAGGAGCUGGACAAGAAACUGGGCCUGAAGGACAGCAGUCAGAUCAAGUGGAACGUCAAACUCAUCCACAACAAAGACCUUCUGGCCACUAUUCAUCUACUGGUUGCCAUGGUGAGAUCUUUCCAGCCUGAUCUGGAUUUGCCACCGAAUGUGAAGGUUGAAGUUGUAGUUAUGGAAGUAAGCAGAAGUGGAAUAAAGUCAGAUCUACAGAUGGAGGUCCUGACGGAGGAGAGGGAUGCCGGCUCAGACUCCCUCAGCAAGACCGAAAGGGAAGAUCCCAUCGAGCAACUGCUGAAGCUUGAGGCUCACAAGGUCAACACGGUGAAGAAGGCCAUCUUACAUUUUGUCAACCAGAAUAUGUCGACCGUGGGUCUGCAGGUGGCUGAUAUGGACAAACAGUUUGCUGACGGCGUGAUUCUGCUGCUGCUGAUCGGACAGCUGGAAGGCUUCUUCGUCCCGCUCUGUGACUUCAACCUGACCCCUGUCAGUCAAUCUGAGAUGCUUCACAACGUGACCUUGGCCUUGGACCUCCUUAAUGACAUCAGCCUUCAAGUGUCCAGUGUUGAUCCACAAGAUAUUGUCUCUCAGGACGACGCUGCCACCUUGAAGGUCCUGUACGCCCUGUUCAAGAAGCACAAAGGGAAAUGAGAGAGGAAGAGGGACUCCUCCACCACCAGGACUACAGACGGAGCUGAA